GAUACCACCAUUGAUGCCAAAGUAGCUGAUGCAGUUGAUACAAGCGACCAUAAGAAGAACGCCGAAGACGGGAAGCAACUAAAAAAUAAUGCAAGAGGUAAGAAAGAGGUUAUAGGUUAUUUGUAUUCUAAUAAAGUCGUUUAA